GUCUCUACCGUCGCUACAGUUUUGUUUACUUUACGAUUGCCGACAGACGACUGUGCUUGGUUAAUUCUCGUUCUCCGACGCGGAAAUUAGCAAAAAGCGGCAAAAAAUGAAAAUUGCUUCCGAAAAUUUCAGUUUCCCGUCGAAUAAAACGCAAGCGUAUGCGCCGUCAAUCGUCUUUAACUCGUUAAGUAAUCGAUAUUCAUGCUAAAGUAAUCAAUUAUGGACAAAAAAUACUGGAACCCAGCCGAGAAACAUCUAUGGAUGUCUAUUUUAUUUUCGAGUUGUUUAAUUUUAUAUGCUGCCAGAAUGACCAUGCCAAUAACAGUCGCUUCGGUAUCCAGAUAUUACGAUUGGAGUAAGACCGAUUCGGGUACCGUAUUGUCCAGCUUUUUUUGGGGUUAUAUGAUGACGCAGGUACUCGGAGGUUAUAUAAGUGACCGCAUUGGCGGAGAAAGGGUUCUGUUGAUAGUGGCCAUUGGAUGGUCAGUAUUGACGUUUUUUACUCCCGAAAUGAUCUCAUCGACUUCAGGGAAUAUCUGGCUGGUAGUCUUGGGAAGGACUAUUAUUGGUGCUCUUCAAGGUGCUCAUUUUCCUGCGAUAGCAAGUAUUAUUUCAAAUAAUUUACAUUCUUCGGAGAAAACGUUCUUCACAAGCGUCGUAACUUCAGGUCCUGCAGUAGGGAUGCUCCUUAGUGGAAGUGUUGGCUCAUUUAUUUUAGAAAAAUAUGGCUGGCCAUAUGUAUUUAGAACAUUUGGACUGCUGGGUAUUUCUUGGAUACUGAUGCUCAGAUAUGUCGGAACGGAGCCGAGCCGCAAGAAUGACGUUGCAAAGGAGGCCGAAAAAUACGAGUAUAAAGUGAUGUCUAACAUUCCAUGGUUACUCUUUUUUAAACACACCGCUUUCUGGUCAAUGUUGUUUGCUCACCUUAGCGAAGCGAAUUCGUUCUUCAUUCUUCUCAAUUGGUUACCGACUUAUUUUGAUGAAACUUUUCCUCGAGGAAAGGGUUGGGUUUUUAAUGUCGUGCCUUGGAUGAUCAGUCCAGUGUCGUCGAUAUUGGGAGGGUGGCUGGCGGAAUAUCUCAUUGCCAAAGGUUGGAAGAUAAUAGUGAUCAGAAAAGUGUUAGAGGCAUCCUCUCAGAUCUCGAAAGCGUGUCUGUUGGUUGUCAUCGGAUAUCUACAGAACUACACCUGGGCGCUGAUAUGUCUGUCGCUGGCAGUGGCCGCGGGAGGCCUGCACGGAAGUGCCGUAUUUAUGAAUCCUCAGGAUAUCGCUCCUCAGUAUGCCGGAUCAGUAUUUGGUAUAAUGAAUACGGUUGGAGCCAUUCCUGGUUUUGUCGGGGUGUAUCUGGCCGGUUACAUUUUAGAGACUUCGGAAAGUUGGAGUACUGUUUUCAAUUUGACCGCACUGUUGAAUGUUUUGGGAUGUCUGAGUUUUGUUAUAUUUGGCAUUGCCAAGCCGAUCGUUCCGGAAACAGAAGAUAAAGUACUGCACACAUGAACUUAACGGGUAAAUAUUUUCUUUCCGGUUGCAUUACCAUAUUUAAGAUACAAGUUUUCUUAAUUAAUUAAUAUUUAGAGGCCUAGAAGCAUUAUUUUAUUUAAUAUUAGUCUACUGUGACUAUAAUCUAUUGUACUGAUUUAAUUUGCUGACGAAAUUAGAGAUUUGAUUGGCCUCUUGGUUCAAAAGAAUAAACUUUUAUUUUGCCCGCAUGCAAUAUUUUCAUAUAUUUUGCAACUUUUUCCCCUUUGUCGGCAGGUAUUUUAUCACACACUU